AUGGGAAUAAAUAGUAAUGGCCAAAGUGUUAUGGAGCUUCUAAAGAACCCACCAUAUCAGGUGCAAGUGGUAUCACCUCAGCUUCAGAACGUUGACAAUCAGGAAGGUAUUAAAAAAUCUCAUUCUCUAACAAGCGAAGAGAAGCACAUGGCUACUCUAUUAGUGGAGAGGUCUUGCAUUGAUUUUAAGAGCCAACUCUCUAUGAAUGAUUUCAGUAACAUACCAACAUCAGAUGGUAAGUAUCUGUUACCUGAUAACUCUAGAGCAAAUGCGUGGAGUGCUAGUUAUGUUCUUUCCUGGGCUAAUCAUGAUGGUAUAUGUGGAUGGAACAACACAUCUCCAGGACCUCUUGAUAGCAUAUUGCAUUUAGAAUUGGCUGGCAAAGAAUUUUUAUAUACAAGGAUAGAAAAUGUGAAAAUCUUGUCUGGCAUAUGGAAUGUUGGGCAGGGAAGACCAUCUCAUGACUCACUUAUAUCUUUGUUGGGUUUUAGGGCCAAAGAUGAUGGGGUUGUUGUUGUUGGGUUGCAAGAAGUUGAAAUGGAUGCUGGUGUCCUUGCACUAUCAAUUGCUAAGAAGACUAUAGAUCUUGAAAGAAGUACUAUUCGACAAUGGUGGAUGGGUAUGAUUGGUAAAACAUUAGAUGAAGGGUCAACAUUUGAACAUGUUAGUUCUAGGCCACUGGGGGCUUGCUUAUCUCAGUGUGGGUUAGAAAUAGUUUUAGAAGUGAUGUUGACACUGCAACAAUUCCAUGUGGAUUUGGGUGUGCCAUUAAAGCAGUUAAUCAACGAAAUGAGGAUUUUGAUCAUGUAUAUCGAACAAAUGAAAUUUUGUCGAUCCCCUCAUGUUUUCAAUGCUGCUGUUGUUGGUUCUACUACUGCUUCUCAAAUGCUUCGUGGUACAAAUUUUAUUGGCAAGCAACCUGCAGAAGGGAUGUCAAAGUUAGUUGAGGUAGACUUGGUCAUAGUUCUUGGUAAUUUUAAUUAUCGUCUUGAUGGUAUCACUUAUGAUGAAGCAAGGGACAUUAUUUUUCAAAGAUACUUCGAUAGGCUUAGAGAAAAAGAUCAGCACCUGACAGAAAGGGAAGCUUGUAAUUUCUUCCUAGGGAUGCGUGAAGCAGCUAUUACAUUUCCACCCACAUACAAGUUUGAUGCAGAUGAUAAAGUUGUUGAGAUAGGAGGCCUUGAAGUCAAGGAGCCAUGGUCAUCCUUGUGUUUGGACAAAUGGGUCAGGUCCUUGCCAAUUUAUUGUCCACCCAUUGGUUUUUUGGAUUUAUAA